AUGCCCCACGAUAAAGUGUAUAGCAACACGUAUAAAUAUAUACUCACGGGCAUUGAUGUGGCUUCGAGGUACAAGGUAGCGAGACCAUUAAGAACCAAAAAGGCUAGCGAGGUUGCGGACAUGCUCGGGGACAUAUACAAGGCCGGACCUUUACGAUAUCCGAGUAUAUUCCAAUGCGACAACGCCUCCGAGUUCAAGUCUGCCGUGAGCAAGCUGCUAAAAAGCAAAGGUGUCGAGAUAAAGCGUGCAACCACCAUAUACCACCACACCUUCACGGCAUUCGUCGAAUCGUAUAACAAGAUGCUCGCCAAGAGGCUCUUCAAACCUCAAGAUGCGCAAGAGUUGGUCACUGACAAACAGAGUGGUACAUGGGUUGAACACUUGUAUACUAUCGUCAAGGGGUUGAACAACACCAAGACCGCGAUGAUUGGUAUGAAACCUUCGAAAGCGAUCAAGCUAAACGAGGUGCCGCAAGAUGAGGAAAAGCAUGAAGAAAAGCCUCUACCUGAUGACGGUCUCUAUCUUUACCUCCUCCAGCCUGGGGAAGAGCACGAUGGGCCUGAUCGAAGCUUUGUGGUGGAGGAGUUGAUGCUAAUACCAGAGGAUGUUGAAGUACCUCCGGAGCAUGUUAAAGAGUGGUAA